AUGCCUGACCUGCGUCGCCAGAUCUUUGAGAGCGGCAAGACCGUCUCGCGUAAAGCUGCUUCUCGCGAGGCUUCGCGCACCAACUCGCGCACCGGCUCAAAGCAGUCCUCCCGUCAAGGCUCCCGAAAUGCCAGCAGAGCUCCUUCGGAUGAAGAAGACUCAGGUUUCCUCUCUGAUGAGACUUCAAUGAGCAUCGGCUCCUUGGACGACGAAAACCCCGAAACUGAAAAUCCCGAUUGGGAACAAGAGCUCGGCGAUCGCAUUCAAGAAAUUCUCGACCGUAAGCGCAGUAGUGUGCAGGGCCGUGAGGAAGCCCUCCAGGCCUUCUGCCGUUUGACCAAGUACCACUACGCCGUGGAAGAGUUGAACGGUACCGUGGACGAGCUACUCGCUUCAUUUGCGAGAAGCGUGCGGGCCGAGAUUAGUACGCGAGAAGCGACACUCGGACUCCGUGCCAUUGAAUUGCUCGCGAUCUCAGCCUUCGACAACACCAUUUAUGAAAACGCCGAGCCCCUGCUCACCCGCACCAUUCGUGACUCCACCUCCCCGGUCCUCAAAGCGGCCGCGAUUCAAUGUCUGGGAGCGUGCACCAUCUUCGGAGGUGCCGGGACCGAUGGCAUCCUUGAACAAAUGGCCUUCUUGCUGGACAUCGUCGCCUCUGAUGGGCAAUCUAUUGAAGCCAAAGAUGAUGCCGCCGUUGUAACCGCUGCAAUCCAGCAAUGGGGUUUCCUCGCCACGGAAGUUGAUGAUUUCGAAGAAGAAAGCGAGGAGGCAGUUCAGAUUUUUAUGGACCAGCUCGACAGCUCCGACGCCAACGUGCAGAUCUCCUCAGGUGAAAACAUUGCUCUGCUAUACGAGAAGAGCUACACCCCCGAAGAAGAUGAUGAAGACGAAGAUGAAGAGAGUGGCGACUCGGACGAGAGUGAUGAGCACAACAAUGACCAGACCGCUGGCCCCAAGCUCAUCAAGCGCUAUAACGCCUACCACAACACGCCAGAGCUGGAAAGCCAACUCCAGAGUCUUGCGCAUAUCCAUACCAAGCAGAUCAGCAAGCGUGACAAGAAGUCCCUGCACAGCAACUUUGCCUCCAUUCUCACUACAGUCGAAAACCCGCGCCGUGGUCCACGCUAUAAUACCGCCAUUGACCAGAACACCAACCGCCAUUACGGUAGCACUCUGACAGUCAAGAUUGGCCGCCACGGUGUGAUGUCGAUUGACCGCUGGUGGAAAUGGACACGUCUCACUGCUCUGCGCCGUGUCUUGCAGGGUGGCUUUGCUGAGCAUUACUUCCAGGGCAAUCGUUCCGUUCUCAACAGUCUCCCGGUCAUGAUGCGCAUGGCUGAGCAGGGCUCUGGCUCCGUGGAUCGCCAAAGUGCUCGGAAGGCCGCUAAGAUGCGCAACUCCCGUCGCUGGACUGCCCAUCAGUCGGACGAUGAUGACGAGUAA